CAAAGCUCUGUAACAAUCCGUCCCCACACACAACAGUGAGUGUUGGAUACAGGAUCAGUGCAAACACUCCGCUCACAGACAGCAGCACAAUUACAGGACCUGACAUUCUGUGAAAUCCGCGCAUCUUACUAUGCUUCCCAUAAAAUCUCGUUACGGAUGCAGUGUUGCCAAAUGUUUCUUGCUUUGGUCGCUUGUGCCCUUCAUCAAUGCAAAGGGAGAUGACGGGGAGAGUCAUACAAAGAUGCACAAUGCUGACAAACCUCCCUCAGAGAGUCAACUCGACUUGAGAGAUGUGGUGUUUAUCAUCCAGAGCCAGAAGAAUUCUUUCCAUGUGCGGCAGGCAGAGAAACUCAGAAAAGACCUCCUUCUGCAGAUACAAGCUCUCGAAGAGAGUCCCCCUGUAAUCCACCUCCUGCACACGCUGUCAGACAAUGAAGGAGACUGGAGCAUUCUCCCUCUAUUGCCUUACUUGUCAUCCCAGUUUGGGAAGAACUCUUCGUGGAUCAUGUUUUUGGAGGAGGACACCAGGGUGAAACUUCAAAAACUUCAUCAAGUCCUCAAAACAAUGGACUGCAAGAAAGAGUGGUUUCUUGGCAAGCCACUACACGAUGAAGAGUCCACCAUCAUCCACCAUUAUGCCUUCUCUGAAAACCCCACAGCCUUCAAGUACCCAGACUUCUCUGCUGGAUGGGUGCUCAGCAUCCCUCUUGUCAACAGGUUGGCAAACAAAAUUGAACAAGAGCCUUUAAAGUCAGACUUCACCAUAGAUCUAAAACAUGAGGUGGCGCUGUAUAUCUGGGAGGACGGAAAGGGGCCUCGAUUAACGGUGGUUCCAGAACUUUGCACGUUACCGGAGCGCUCUCCAGAAGCCCAACAUUGUGCCACCACUGUCAACAGCCACUCACCACAGUGUGGCCAGCCCGUUAAGAGUGAAAACCUUUUUGUAGCGGUGAAAACUUGUAAGAAGUUCCAUUCCGAAAGAGUACCCGUGGUGAAGAAAACAUGGGGUAAGCAGGCAAUGCUGCUUGAGUACUACAGCGAUUACGCCGAUCCCUCUAUACCAACCAUUAAUCUUGGAGUGCCAAACACAGAGAGAGGUCACUGUGGGAAAACAUUUGCUAUCUUGAGGAGAUUUCUAAGCAGUGCGUUGCCAAAGAUGGACUGGCUAUUAAUUGUGGAUGAUGAUACUCUUAUAAGCUUACCCAGACUGCAGGCCUUGCUGAGCUGUUAUGAUUCCAGUGAGGCAGUGUGUCUGGGAGAGCGCUAUGGUUAUGGUUUGGGCCAGGGAGGCUACAGUUACAUCACUGGAGGUGGGGGGAUGGUGUUUAGUCGAGAGGCUGUGGUCCAGAUAUUGGGCAGCGGCUGUAAGUGCUACAGUAACGACGCCCCUGAUGACAUGGUUUUGGGCAUGUGUCUCAAUGCUCUACGAGUCCCUGUUAUACACAGUCCACUCUUCCACCAGGCCCGUCCAGAAGAUUAUGCAAAGGAGUUUUUGGCCCACCAGACCCCAGUUUCCUUCCACAAACACUGGAACAUAGAGCCGAUUGAAGUCUUUAACAAGUGGUUGAAGGACAAAAAUACAGAUGGACUACAAAAAGGCACUAAAGAGGAAUUAUAGUGUCAAAGUUUCAUGUGUGCGUAUGUGAAUAGAAAUGUGUGCGUUUAUGCAAAUUUGUUUUGGUCUGACACAUGGGUAUAAGUUACCAGCGGUCUCCAUUCUUGUAUGUUUUUUUUUUUAAUAUUGUGAAUAUUGCACAAACAUGUAUGAUUGUCUAUUUCAUUGUGUUUUGCCAAGUGUUGCAUGUUUCAGAUGGAAGUGUGUUGGAAAAAUAUUUCUGAAAUAUUUAUAGUCCGCAAUUAUCACAACCUAUCCAGGGUAAUUGGUAGGUUUAUUUUUGAACACUUGUUUUGUAAAAAAAAAUAAUUAAUGUUAAUUUUAAUUUUGAAAUAUACGAUGAACUAUUUCCUAUUGCCUUAAAUGAGUGGUUGCAGAGUCGUGAUUUCAGCGUUAAGAGCCAAAUUGACUGCAUUACAUAACUUAAAAAUGUGUUGGGAGGUUGUUUUAAGCCCAUAAUGCUACAAAUGAAUUUGAGAACAGAGAAACUGAUCUAAAACAUAAGAUGAAUUGGUAUACUGUAAGGAACAUAAUUGGUUAUAAUUAACGAUAAUAUUAAAAUUAGAUGGUACACCAAAGCACUAGUCUCAAGAGAUUUCUAUUCUAGUCUCUAUGGUAUUUCUAUUGUAGAUGUAAGAUAAUGUUUCCAUGGUAAUGAGAGUCUUACUCGGCUGUUUGUAAUAGAUUGUACUCUGAGAUAAAAAAUAAAAUGAAAUGUAAAGGUGUAGUGUGGAAUUUCUUUGCCACUAACCACCAAAAAGUAUUGCAAAAAUAACUGGUUCCAAAUUGGUUUCCAAACACUCCUUCCAUUGGCCAUGUUCAAUUCACACUGUUGUUUGGACCCGAAGUUGGUAUGCCCAAACCACUCCAACAAACUGAAGCAUGGGUUGAAAUCACCACAGUGUCUUGUACUCUUCAGGGAAGUUAUCCGAGGUUGACUUGUUAUAA